AUGUCUUCAAAAGCCGAUUCUCCGGAGUUGCCAGAGACGCCUGUCGACCCGCCUCAACGCCAGCGUCCGAAGCCGCCGCGGAUGCUGGCUUGCGUGCUCUGUUCGCAGCGCAAAGUCAAAUGCGACAGGCAAUUGCCCUGCUCUAAUUGCAUCAAGUUUCGCGCGCAAUGUGUGCCAGCAACGCUCGCUCCGCGCCAACGCAGACGCAGAAUCCCCGAGCGGGAGCUGCUGGACCGGCUGCGCAAAUAUGAGGAAUUGCUUCGACAGAACCACAUCACGUUCGAGCCGCUGCACAAGGAGUCGGCCCGUCCGUGCACCAACGAGGCAAACAACGGCUAUGACUCAGACAGAGCUGAUGUACUGACAGUCGAAAGUCAGUAUGAAGCUAAAAACAUCCUGCAGAGUAUGACCCAGAGCCUCGGGGACGCCGUCAACGACAGCGACUCCUCGCAGGACGACGCGGUGCGAGUGAUGGCCAUCAAGGAAGCGUGGGAACAGUCUAGUGAAAAUGCCGACCAUCUGCUGUUUGGCUCCAGAGGAGCCACCGUCGACGUUUCUUCUUUACAUCCAGACACAGUCCAGAUAUUCAGGCUAUGGCAGGUAUACUUGGACAAUGUAAACCCGCUGCUCAAGGUCACACACACCCCGAGCAUGCAAGGACGCAUCAUCGAGGCCGCCAGCCAUGUCACAGCCAUCGAUCCUAUUCUAGAAGCUCUCAUGUUCAGUAUCUAUUGCACUGCGAUAUUAAGCCUCUCCGAGGAAGAGUGCCAGACCAUGGCUGGUUCUUCAAAGGACCAGCUAUUGACGAGGUAUCAGUAUGGCUGCCAGCAAGCAUUGCUCAACUGCGGAUUCCUCCGAACAAGCAACCGCGAAUGUCUCACCGCGUUGUUUCUCUACCUGAUCUCGGUGCAACCGAGCACAGUUCCGCAGUCUCUCCAUGCGAUGAUGGGCGUCGCAGUGCGCAUUGCGCAGCGCAUGGGCAUUCACAGCGAGUCAGCUCUCGUCGACUGCACCGUCUUUGAGGCCGAAAUGCGCCGACGACUAUGGUGGGCUCUUACGCUCUUCGACAGUCGCAUCACGCAGCUCGCCAGCUCGAAGACAGUAACGCUGGACCCGACCUGGGACUGCACGAUUCCUCUCAACGUGAACGACUCGGACCUCCGCCCAGAGAUGAAGGAGCCGCCGGCCAUCCAGGGAAGCGCCACCGAAGCAAUCUUUGCCGUUGUACGGAGCGAGGUCGCUGAUUUUAUUCGGUACAGCGAGUUCCACCUGGAUUUCACGAGCCCAGCUUUGAAGACCAUUGCCAAACAACAGCCCCGGGUUGGUACUACCGCGAAAGCUGCUAAUCUGGUGAAACUGGAGGAGGUGAUCCAGGACCGGUAUCUCAAGUCCUGCGACCCGGAUAACCCUAUCCACUUCAUGACAAUUUGGUCUACGUGGUCCAGCUUGGCAAAAUGCCGGCUCAUGGACGGCUAUGCGAAGUACUCGAGUCCAAGCCUGCGCUGGACUGGGGAGCAGCGUGAGGCUGCCUUUUCGCACGCGUUGACGAUGCUGGAAUGCGAUACGAGGAUCAUGAGCUCCCCCCUCAGCAGCAGGUUUCGCUGGUUCAAUCACUUCUACUUUCCAUUCCUAGCGUACAUCCACGUCGUCCAAGAUCUGAAACGGCGACCCAUGAGCGAGCAGGCAAGGCACGCCUGGGAUGUCAUGAGCGACAAUUGCGAGGCUUGGUUUGGCGCGCUUUCCACAGAUGGAGAUAGCCCCGUCUUCCAGAUGUUUGCCAAGCUUAUCCUCGAAACGUGGAACGCGUGUGCGAAGACCGCUGAGCAAUCAGGAGAGACCUUGGUGCCACCCAGGAUCGUCUGUUUCCUCAGAGCUACGCUGACGCAUAUCGCGGAGGCUGCACGGGCUACCUAUAACACCGAACAGGUAGGUGUCAGCAUGAGUUCGGCAGUGGACGAGUUCCCAGUGUCCAUGGACCCCGUGGACUUCAGUGACCAGAGUCAGCCCAUUAUGACGGACUUGCAAGGUAGCAAUGCAAUAAUGGAAUCCGAGAUGUACCAAGGCCCCCAUAUGAGGAACCAGUUGGAAUGGGCUUCGUUGGGUGGGUGGCCCGGCUGGGGCAGCUUCUGA